AUGAGGUUUGCAACAGGCUGUCUUGUACCAAUAGUCUCCAUCUUCCGAGCAACUGAGGCGGCCCAUGGGUUCGCUCCAGAGCAUUCAACAAAGUCAGAGAAAGACUACAUGGUCUACUACGCAUCUCUCCUGAUAAUUUCCCGCGAUGAAAAGGGUGACUACAUAAAAUGCACUUGGGGCAAGGUUGCUCGACAUGGAUGCAACUUUUUGGGGUUCCUGUUGAUACUUGGGAUGUACAAGUCUAUCAUAAUGCUUCAUGAAGACUUGGUUGUUUUUGGACCGCCAAUCAAUAGCCGUUCCGAGUGGAAUUCGCUCAAACGUUUUGUGACUUGGGAGUUGUACGCCAACAAUAUGGUUCACGCUAUCUUAUUCCAGCUAUACUUGACAACGUAUGUCGAAGGGUUGACUCUUCUCUGGACGGCUAUUUCUGGAUGUCAAGUGGACGAGGUGAUGAAGAAUCCGAUGUUUGAAUCAAGGAGUCCGUCCGACUUUUGGUCAAAACGUUGGAACCUCCUCAUUCACACCGUUCUCAAAGGUGGCGUAUACAAACCAGUCCGGAAAAAUGGCUCUAUAGCUCUUGCCUGCAUAUCUGUCUUUCUGGCAUCCGGUCUAUUUCAUGAGUUCUUACUGGCAGUAACAUUCUUUGAAGGUGUUUUUAUCCCAGCCUAUGGCUACACUCUGGCAUUUUUCUUUUGGCAGGCUGCUUUGAUUGUGGGCGAGAUAUCAUUUGGACGAUCCAAGUUCUUUCAAAUCCUUGGAAAGUCCCUACCAUCAACCGCUCGUACUGUUUUGGUCAUUUCUCUUGGUUUGCCAUUGGCCCACAUGUUCAGUGAGCCGUACGCCCGAUCAAAUUUUUUCCAAAGUGGACUACAGGGCGUCCCAACAGUGCUUGCAUUCUCCGAUUAG